CUUUGUUAAUAAUUUUUUCUAUGGACAAUCACGUCGACCACAGCAAUCAUCAAAAUCGCGAAUCGACAAAUGUGGGUAAUAAUCAUUUGUUUGGCCAUGCGAUGACUUUCCAUUUUGGCCUCAACGAGGUCAUUCUUUUCUCAUUUUGGUCAGUGAAUGGCUUAACAGCUAUGAUCGCUUCUUGUAUCAUUAUUAUAUUUUUAUGCUUUAUUAUGGAAAUUAUACGAUUAAUUCGAAGUAUACGAAUUUGUUAUGAAAGGAAAAAAGAGGAGAGCAACACGAAUGCAAUAUGGAAAAUUUCGCCUCAAGUGAACUUCAAUACAUGCAUUGAUAGCUUUCUUCAUGCUAUUCAAUUGACAAUAAGUUAUCUUCUCAUGUUGUUAUUCAUGACAUUUAAUGUAUGGAUUUGCUUGGCGGUUAUUGGUGGCGAAGUGAUGACGAGAUUCUGUCUUAAAGUUAUCUUUCGAAACAUACAGAUAGCAGUCCGUUUUUUUUUUUCCACGCUUUACAAAUUAUCUAAAAUUUUCUCAAUUUUCUUUAUUUUCAUCACUAUUUUGUUUAAUAUAUAUAUUUAA